AUGGCGUUCCAUAUAGUUACACCACAAGAGCAAGAGGAAUUCCAAUGUCGUUUGGUGAACAAAUUGAAACGCGGACUAACACGUGGGAUUCGUUCUGGUAGAUGGCAACAUAAGGCACAUACUCCUUUGGUUCCGCAAGUGGAAAUCACCCACACUAUGCAGCUGGCGACCAAUUCAGUCAAACGCCAAUAUCAAUCUAUUGCUCCGGAACUCAAUCGCACAGCCGAGGAGCAAAACGAUCAAAAAAACGGGUUUGAGGACGCUCCGGGGACGAGGAUUAACCUGGCGGAGUCAGAUCUAAGGGGUCUCAAUCUUGCCUUAACCAAGGAUCGUGGAUAUAUAACCAGGUCCCAAGGGCCGGGGAAGGAGUCUACUCGGAGUGAUCUACUAAGUCCCGCGUGGCAGCACACAGAGACAAGACUACAGGAAGUCAAAGAAGGAAAUUAUUCAGACCAACGGAAUUUACUUAUGAGUAUAGAUUUGGAGCAGGAGGACCACCAUUACUCACAUGUUGCGGUCAUCCUGGCAAGUGUCAACAUGAGGUGCAUAUCGGCUAUCACUCAAUCGGUCAUGCGUAUGGAAAUCAUUUACACAACGAAGAUUUGCUCGGGAAUUGCUUCAGUGAAACACCAAUAUCAAUUGUUCACUCCUGUGCACAUGAGCCAGUUUGAUCAGUUAACUUAUGAUAAUAUGAGCCGUAUGCCAGUCAAAAUUCAGUUGGCAUUGUUAAUGGAAACCCUUUUUGCUCGCGGAUGUGACCGGAACGCUAGAUGGUUUGAGUCGGACACUGGUAUCAGUCGAUUCUCUUAUGUUUGA